UGCUCGGCCCCACUGUGCUGCGAGGGUUUUUUACCGGCGAGGGUGUCGGAAGACCUGGGUGCCAAUGUUUUUCAUCAUGGCGGACGACUCAUUGGCAGACAAGUAAACGUAGUUUACGCUUUUAGCCGCUCUGUUUCAGGAAUCUAAGUGUGAGGAUGAGUGACUGGAUUGAGCAUGGCUUCCAUAUCUAUCAAGUACAAUUAAACACGAAGAACAGAAGGAAGUUUCGUCAGGUUGCUAGAGAUACUUGUGGAGAAUCAAUGGAGCCACAAGACGACGACUUGGUGAUGUUUGGAGAGAAACUGGACGAAAAAGAUCCAGUUGUCUGUGUAAUCUGUGCCAAACUGGCAAAGGAUAAUGUUGAAGAUACAGCAAAUGAACAUUAUUUCCACUGGAUUAACUUUAUUUUUGUCAAAGGAAAAUUCCAAGGACAAGGUUUUGGUGGGAAAAUGUUAAGUGCAAUGGAACAAGAACUCAGGCAAAGAAGAUUAAGACCAAUAAGACUUGAAAGUGCAGUCAAGGCCGUGAACUUCUUUAAAACACAAAAUUACAAAGAAAUUGGAGAGCCAAUGAAUUGUGUCUGUUCUGGCUCAGCCUUAUUUAGAACGUUACAAAGAAUGGAGAAAUUCUCAAAGAUGUAACUCUUUUUAUUAAAAGUCUGCACUCUUA